GCUCGUCCUUAGAGGCCCGCUGCCUUGCCGCCGAAUGUGCAGAGCCGUCUCCCGUGACGCCCAAAGGUUUGUCAACUCAGUCGGCCAUUGCCACGCUGACCCAGAACAUCCUCGGCUCCGGUGUCCUGGCGCUACCUUUCGCCAUGAGCUCCGCGGGGAUCGCAGGAGGUGUCGCGAUGCUGCUUCUGGUCUACUCGAUGUCUGUGUUUACCAUGGGUGUCCUUGUAGCUCUGAGCAAUGCGCUUGGAACCUUCAGCUACAAGGGGGCGGCAGAGCACACGUUAGGCCACCGCCUGGCUGUUUGGGUUGA